ACCUAGGCAGUUGGUUAAGAAUCCUUAUUUCUAGUUGAUCUAAAUAUGAGAAUAAAACUCUGAUAUAAUGGAAGCAUUAGAUAAGUUCAUGCUUUACACAAAAUACGUGCGAGGUCUUUGUUCAGUAAUAGGGCUGGAUAUAUUGGAUCCCGAUUACAAAAAAGGAUUUAAAACUUAUUUCACCUUCUUUUUAAUGAUACUUUAUGUGGUGCUGACUGUGAAUUCACUUCUCACGGCGAAAGGUAGCACAGAAGUGUUGAUGGCAUUAUCGUUUGGAGGAUUUUUCGGACAGUGUUUGUUGAAGUUAAUUUUCACACUGGCCAAUCGAAAGCAAUAUUACGUGAAUCAUACUAAUUUGAAAGAAUCCAUUUAUUUCAAAUACCUACAUGGAUCUGAGAAAGAGAAAAGUGUUAUAUAUAAAAAUGUUUCUCAGUUGCUCAUGUUAGUUAAAGUUACGUCAUUGUUAUACCUUUCAUCGAUUUUCCUAUUCUCAUUAUAUCCAGCAUAUAUGUACUUUUUCGAAAAUAUCAAGGUUACAAUAUUUCCUCUACUGGUCCCUGGUAUUGAUAUCUACUCGGCAUAUGGCUAUGGAUUCACGAAUAUGAUUCAUAUGUUCUUUGGUGUAUAUGGCUUAUUCGGGGCUUUAUCAUCUGAUACAGCUUUCAUGAUGUUCGUGUUUCACAUUGUUUCGUACACCAACCUUUUACAAAUUCAUUUCCUUUCAUUCGCCGAGAAGCUCACUUCCAUUGAAGUGAAGUAUAAAACAAAAGACUAUGCUGCAUUUUGUAGUAGUGAAAUGAGGGAACUGUAUGUUAGUCAUAAGGAAGUAAUAGACUUUUUAUCUUCGCUUAAAAUGUGUUAUGAAAGUAUAUGUGUGGUCCAAGUGGCAACUUGCGUUGUUACUAUUUCACUCAACUUAUUUCUUGCUCUAAUGUCUGACUGGUACGCAACAUAUGGAUUCCUGCUAGCAUCAUUAUUUCAACUUUUCAUCUACGCCGUUCUUGGAACACUCAUCCAGCUAAUGAACGACAAAAUAAGUACACUUGUGUACGAUGCGCCAUGGCAUUUAUUACCGAACUCAGACAAACGAUCAUUUCAGUUCCUGCUGUACAAAACACAAAGACCAAUCGAAAUGUUUGUGAGAGGCUUAGGUCCCUUAAAUGUGGAAACGUUUACUGAAAUUAUGCGAAUGAUUUAUUCAUCGUUUACCAUGUUGUACAGUUUUAUUGUCGAAUAAAUAUUUUGCAUUAUUGUUUGGUGUGAA